AAUUGAAUGUGAAGAACAUGUUAUAUUUUGUGCUUUUGGAGCAACUCUCAAAAUACGCAAGCUCAGGGAAAAACGUCGAUAAACGUCGAAAUACCAUACCCACAGUCCCGGGAAACACAGAAGGAGGAUCUAAAACCCAUUUUUUGCCCCAUCAAUACAUACAGGAAAAUUUUUCCAAAAAUUAAUUCAACACAUCAUCUCAAGAAGAAAAAGACAAAAAUUAAACACCUUAACAACCCUCUGUGGUGCAGUUUCGCAUUUUAUAUAAGAAAGGAAGAUCCUGGAGUAUAAGUAGAUUCGUCAGUGGUGAAAGGCGACACAGAUGUUCCUGUUGCUUCUGAUCAGUCUUCACUCUGGUAUUGCAUUUGGAUUUCGAGGUCCACAUCAUCCACAAAGUAGCGUUUCUCAUCAUCAUUACGCGCCUCAAAAGGAGAUUAAACUCACUCAGGAUGCUGAACUACUUCACGACACCUCCCACUUGAAAGAAGAUAUGGGUCCGCUGGCGGAUCAAUUAGAUUUAUCAAAACUAUCUGAUCAGGAAUUGGAAUUUUACUAUUUCAAACUCCACGACGUUGACAAUAAUACAAAGCUCGAUGGUCUAGAAAUACUCCAUGCCAUUCAGCAUACUCUUCAUGAACAUGGGAAUGAAGGAGAUAACAAGGAGCUGAGUGAUUACCAACCCAAGGAGCAGGAGAAUGAUUUGCCUUGGAUUAUAGAGCUUAUAGAUAGAGUUCUCGAAGAGGAUGAUUUGGACAACGAUGGUUAUUUAGGAUAUAUUGAGUAUAUGCUUGGCCGACAACGGGACCAAGGUGAAAAGGCCUUAAAGGACAGAAUUUUGAAUAUUUAAAUACAAAAAGAAUAUU